GGCCAGAGGGCGAAAAAACCGAAAGAUGUUCAAGAUUUCGAUGAGUCCUAUCAGGAGAUUUCUAAGGGACUCUAUUGUCUGCGCCAAUCGGGUCAGGGCAAACUACUGCCACCUUUGGAUCCUCUUUGUAUCGUUUACUGGGAAAAAAAAUUGUCCAACGUUCGUUUACCUGAGACAAGCAUUUAUUUUUGAAAAAUCGUAUUUCUCUGGUUGAGUCAUCUCUUGUCAGAUUAAGUUCCAAUCGUGGCAGUCGCGUUGUUCUAGAGGAUGACUCUGUUGCACCUGAAUGAACUCAUCCAGUGAUUAAUCAUGUUCCUUUGAUUUCACCUGGAAUUAUAAAAAUUAUCCUUAUAAUUGAAAUAUAAUAAAAAUUUCCUGGAAAUUCCUUUAAAAAAUCAUCGCAGGGAACCAAAAAUGGAGGGAAUAUCGAGUAGAGAUCUAGGGAUUUAUGAGCAAGUCCAAUAAAAACCCAAUGGAAUGCUCAGGGAAAUUGUCUGGGAUUUCUCGUGAACUGUCUGCAUUCGCGGUUUAAAAUCAAAAUGAAAUAUAUCGAUUGGCGAAUGGGGGAAGGAAUGAUCGAGCGAUGAUCUAGGGAUUUAUAAGCGAGACGCGUUGGCAGAGUGAAGCCCCCAAACACAACAAAGGCAUUUCUCACAUCCAAAGUUGCGGGUGUGUGGAGUGGACUGGAGGACAGGGCAUAUUGGCGGGGUAACCGUUCGGUCGGUGGGGCCGACCGGAGUUGUGCGAACGCUCUCUUCACGAGGUAAACUAAAGCGUAUAGGACAGUCCCCGGGGAUCAGCGAGAAACCGGCCACGACGGGUAAACAAAAGAGAUGGACCGCCUUGUGAGCGUCCCGACGACAACCUGAAAUAAGUGAGAAAACCGUUGGGACCUAGUCCUUUCUUCGUGACUCGAUAAUUCAUCGAUUUGUUGGGAGGAGCGAGAGGAAACAACUGAGAGGAAUAUUAAUUCAUUUCUCUUUUUGGAGAGUCAAGUGUGGAGGAUGGCUCGACGUGAUUUCCAGAGUGGAUAAUCCCGCCCGGAAGCGAUAAACUUUCGUCGAUAAGUGAUAAGAAUUUUUUGUUGAGAGCAUGGAGAAAAAAUUAAGGAGAGAGACGUCGAUUACAAUCGCCGAUACUGUGGAUACUAAAGCGGGAAAAGUGUUUGAGUACAAUGUAAACAUGAGCGUCUCCUUAUCGAACAGCAAGAGAUCAAAGAUUUUCCAAAGAACCCAGAGUUUAGUUAUUGUUUUAAUGACUGUUGCAUUUUUUUUACUGUUUUCACAACUCAGGAGGGAGAUGCGGGAUCUGGAGGCACAGAUGAAUUCAAUGAAUUCGAACCUGGUGAUUCUAAUGCUGCGAUGUGAGAGACUAAACAGGAUAAAUCGCAUGAACCACCGUAAGCUCCAGGCGAUCCUUGCAGAGGCGCCUGCCAAACCCAUCGUCGAGUCUAAUUAUAAUAACGACGAAUUAAAAAGGAGUGACGAGGAUCACUCCGCGGACGGUACAAACGAACGGCAUCUGGGAAGAUUUACAAGAUCGCUUGUCAUGUUUGACAAUGAUAAUGUUACCCAGGUUGCUACAGUCAGUGAUAAUCAGGGAGUUUGGAGUGAUGCACGUGAGGGUCGCGCUAAGAGGGAGGAGGUCAGAGGUAAACAACGAAGAAAGAUCAAACGGAGGCCUAAACGCAGUCGCAGGCGAUUGGGUCCCUUGGUGGCUACGUUUGUCGGUGCUGUGCCUGAGCAACACGUCACGGAUACAGGUAUGUACAUUGGUCCUUGGGUGAAACGCAACGAGACUCGAUAUGGUUUCAAUAAAUUCCAUCUGGUAGAGGACAAACGAUCCAUUGAAGUCACCGCCAAUGGACUGUACAUGAUCUCAGCUCAAAUUUACUACUACGGGGAAAAAACUCAUUACUCUUACUGGAUAUUACUGAGCUCCGAGGGUUCGUCCACGACGAGGAAAGUUAUAAAAUGUGCAACUGUGUCAGCUGUGUCUGCCACUGAAGCUUCCUGCCACACUAGUGUUAUUUUACCGCUGAGGCGAGGUGACAGGCUGCACAUACAGCAGCAAGAACGUAAUCGGCUAAUCAACCUCAGGGAGGGCCACAGCUAUGUCCAGGUGAUGCUUCUGUCCAACGAUCAGCAGAAGAGAAGAUUGACCACAUGAUACCAACUAGUCCUUUCAUCAUCAUAAGCAUUUCGUUAUUUUUCUUAUUCUAAAGAAUUUGCCUUCUAUAACUAGGGAAGUAUGAGCCGAGGGUUACCUGACCGAUUGGCAACGAUUUCAUAUUUUAGUGGAUAAAAAAUGAACGAGGUAUGGAGACCAAGUCAGUGGGAUUGAAAAUAACGCACAGAUGAAUGAUGAAAUAGAAAAGGGACAUUUCUAUUGAGCCUAGUGACGACAGGCGUCUACUUCACUGUUUGGAAAAUCACCAAGUACGGGUCACCUUACCUUAAGUUCAGUCGUUGUCGGCCAUUACGCAUGAGCUCUAUUGUGAUUACCUCGUUAUAAAUAGGAAGUUUAAGUCAUUGUUUCAUUGUAAACUUUCUACAUCUUAUGACAACUCAAGUAUUAAGACUGUCGCGAGCCCAAAAGGAUCAAACAAUCUCUACGUCAUACUUUUCUUUUA